AUGCAAAAGGCAAUGAAAAGCGCAGAAUAUAUAAAAGCUAACAAUGACUGGUUAGAUGCCCAAGCCAACGCUAAAGCAGCCCAACUCAUAGGGUCAAUAAGGACAAAAAUACAAGCGGAUGAAGACAGUUCAAAUGAAGCUUUAACGAAUGCUGACUUUAAGAACGCCUUCGAAGCUCUUCAUAGUAAGGUGAAACAAGUGAACGACUUCUCAUCUGGAAAGAAACUGAAGUCUGAAGGUUUCGACAACGAGUUAAGAGAAGUAGCACAAAAUAUGACGAAAAUAACAGAUGCAGCAACGAGACAGGCAGUUCAAAGUGCCUAUGACGCCGUUAGAGCAACUGUUGUGGAAAGUCAAGAAAAAGAGUUACAACAGACCAAAACAGACCUAGUAAAUGCUUUCUUAAAAACGAAAAGUCAGGUAGGACAUUACGCUGCAGAUGGAACAUAUGUGCCAGCUGGUGGAACUUAUAUACCACCAAACCCUCCAAGAGAAGCACCUGCACCAGGACUACCUAAAACAUUUACAUCGUCACAUGGACACAGACACAGGCAUGCACAACAACCAACAGUUCAAAACCCUGCACAACAACCACCUCCACAACCAGCACAACAACCACCUCCACAACCAGAGCAAGGACAUAAAAGAAGUAGAGAACAAGGAAACCAAGAAUUCUUAAAAAUGCUUAAAGAAGAGUGUGGUUUCCCAGAUACUGUUGACUUUAGUGACAGAUAUAAAGAAGCUAUUGGAAAGUUCAAGGAUGGAAAUACUGACCCGAACCUAUUUAGCUUUAUGGCUCAGCACCAAAACGGAUAUAAUCUCAAACCUGGAAAAUACAAGCUCGCUAAGGGAUAUGAUUUAAUAGCAUAUCAUCCAAAUGACAUGGAUGAAUUUACUCCGAGAUAUUUGAUGUCAGAGCUAAAUGACAAUUCAACUUUCGUCAUGAAACGCGUAAAAAAUAGAGACGGAACGAAAGAACAAAAGCUUAUGAAUGCGGAUGACGUAGAUAGGGAAAUUGUUGAAAACGGUCUCGGAAUAUAUGAAAUGCCAGCAGAUGAGGUACAAGAAACUCCACAGGAAGAAGUUCAGAUACAACCAGACAUGGAAGAAAUAGUUCAGCAACAACAGCUAGAAGAGCCUGAAGGAAACGAACAAGUCACUCCUUUGGAAACUAACUUCACAGAACUAGAUGAAGAUUUGGAACAGCCG